CUGGGCGGUCAUUGGGCGGCGUGAUCUCGCCGCGGUUCCGCGGCCCUGGCGCCGCAGCCGCUGCUGCCAGCAGAGAGCACCGGGCGGGCCGGGCGAGUGGCCAUGGCGGGCGCCGAGGACGGGCCGGGCCAGCAGCCGGAGCUCGAUGAUGAUGAAGCAGCGUAUUGCCGGCGCUGGGGCGCGCAGCACGCCGGGGCCCGUGAGCUGGCCGCGCUCUACUCGCCAGGCAAGCGCUUCCAGGAGUGGUGCUGUGUGGUCCUGUGCUUCAGCCUCAUUGCCCACAACUUGACCCAUCUCCUGCUGCUGGCCCGCUGGGAGCACACGCCCCUCGUGAUGCUGGGUGUCGUUGCAGGGGCUCUUAUUGCUGACUUCUUGUCUGGCCUGGUGCACUGGGGAGCCGACACUUGGGGUUCCGUGGAGCUGCCCAUUGUGGGGAAGGCUUUCAUUCGACCAUUCCGGGAGCAUCACAUUGACCCGACGGCCAUUACACGUCAUGACUUUAUCGAGACCAAUGGGGACAACUGCCUGGUGACACUGCUGCCUCUACUGAACAUGGCCUACAAGUUCCACACCCAGAGCCCUGAAGCCCUGGAGCAGCUGUAUCCCUGGGAGUGCUUCGUCUUCUGCCUGAUCAUCUUUGGUACCUUCACCAACCAGAUCCACAAGUGGUCACACACGUACUUUGGGCUGCCGCGCUUGGUCAUCCUCCUGCAGGACUGGCACAUCAUCCUGCCGCGUAAACACCAUCGCAUCCACCACGUCUCACCCCACGAGACCUACUUCUGCAUCACCACAGGCUGGCUCAACUACCCCCUGGAGAAGAUGGGCUUCUGGCGACGCCUAGAGGACCUCAUCCAGGGCCUGACAGGCGAGAAGCCUCGGGCAGAUGACAUGAAAUGGGCCCAGAAGAUCAAAUAACUCCUCCAGCCUGCCACCUCGUUGCCAACCAUCCCCAGACCCCCAAACCGAAGCCAUCUGCCAAAUUCCAGCCUUCCUCGUGCUGGCCCCGCCAGGUGGAGAGGACACCUCCUGGGCUGGGCCCAGGCACCCCCAGCCCACCCUUCGUGACACACAAUACUUGAGCCACUGAUUUUUAAUUUCCUUUUUUUUUGUUUUCUUUCCUUGGCCCCUCCCUAACCCCCUGAGCUGCUCUGUCUGCCAAGCCUGGCUGCAGAAAAAGGAACCCCGCCCUGCCAGCCACCCCUUGGGUAGAGGGGAAGCUCACCCACUCCAGCCCCGAUGGGUAGCCCUUCAGCAUGGCUGGCAUUGGGGCCACUGAGUCAUCUUCUCUGUCCCUUGUCUGCCCGCAGUGGUCUGGGAGCCCCCAGGUAUACCUAAGUGUCCCUGGAGCACUGCCCUGCCAUAGCCCUGCAAACUGACCCCACAUGCCUGGGUGAGUGGACAUCCCCAGCCACCACCUCCAGCCUGGCCUUUCCACCCAAGGAUGGCAAAGCGCAGCAAGGGUAUGAGGGCAGCUGGCCAGAAGAAACCAGAAUCCCCUGCCCAAGUGUGGACCCCCACUUCUUCCCCGACCCUCCCCUAUCUGCCCACGUGAUUCCAGCCAGAGCUAAUGUUUCUAACGGAAGUAAGUCAUCGCAGGGCACAGCCUCUGCAAUGGGUUUUGGUCAUUUGGAACGGGACACAGCAUCCCCUCUGGCCAGGGGUAUGUCAGAGAAGAAAGAAUGGGGCUUUUUUGUUUUGGUUUUUUUUUAAAGGUGCUUGCUUGUUUAAUGUAAAUAAUAGAAAGCCUUAAUAUCUUUUCUGUAACGGAGUAAUAUUUUAAUGUCAUGUUUUGGAUGUACAUAAUAUAUUUAUAACAAAGCAGCAAGAGUCUACUUAA